GUCGUCACUAUUCUGCCAUAUAAUAUUCAAUCUUGUGACUAAACCAUGGAGGGAAGAAUUAAACAAGCAAGCUGGGAGAGCGAUGUCACUGCGUUGAUUCAAGAUUGUGGGGAAAAGAGUGCAAAAAAGAGCUCUGAAUUCAAAGGGAAAGCCCCUCAACCUCAAGAGCAUGAAUCUGGAGACCUUCCAUCAAGAACCCUCACCAAAAGGGAAAAAAUAAAGAUGGGUUUGUGUUUCUCCUGUGGGGAGAAAUACAACACGAAACAUAGCUGUAACAGAGGGAAAUCCCAGAAAAUUGAAGAAGGUACCGCCUUUGGUGGAAUUCAGCGUGAUAUUCCAUAUAUUUCAGGGCAUGCUCUGUUGGGUUGGCGUGCUAAUCAUCCCAUGAGACUCAUAGGUUCUGUCGAGUCUACUCCCACCAAGAUUUUGGUAGAUUCAAGCAGCACACAUAAUUUCUUGAAUCUUGCAAAAGUUAGGAGGAGGAUUUGCUCUACUGUUUUGGAUAAUGCUUCGGAAGUGUCUACUGGAGAUGGCAGCAUGAAAAAGGGCGCAAUCUGCAAAAGGUUUAAAUGGAGAAUAGAUAAUAUUGAGUUUGAAUCUGAUAUGAUAGGGAUGAAAACGCUGGAGGUCUCUGACGUGGUUCUCGGAAAUCAAUGGUUAGCUACUUUAGGCACUGUUGUUUGGGAUUUCAAACAGUCCAGGCUUGGAUUCACUUACCAAGGAAAGAAAACGGUUUUGAAGUCCUAUGCUGAGCAUGAAUGGCAAAAGGUUGGGAAAUCUCAGGAAAUUGAGAGUGAUACACCAUGUAUUUCUGCACAUUCUCUGUAUGGAUGGCCUGCUAAUAUUCCCAUGAGACUCAUAGGUUAUGUCCAAUCAACUGCCAUCAAGAUUUUGGUAGAUCUUAGCAGCACCCAUAAUUUCUUGAAUCUCAAGGAAUUUCUGAGGAAGAGGAAUGGUCGGUCCAUUAUUACCUUGUGUAACUUGGGAAAUAAUGAUGUGGAAGUGGCUGGUGGAACAAAUUACAAGGGGAAGACCAGAAUUUGCAAAGGCUUUAAAUGGACAAUAAUGAACAUUGAGUUUGAAUCUGAUAUGCUAAUGCUACCCAUUGAAAACGGAUGUGAUGUGGUUUUGGGAAAUCAAUGGCUUGCAACUUUAGGCCCUAUUUUAUGGGAUUUCAAACAGUGCAGAAUGCAAUUUGCUUACCAAGGGGAGAGGGUUAUUUUUGAGUCCUGUGCUGAACCUGAAUGGCAAUUGUUUGGUGAAAAUGAAGUGGAUCAGUUGAUGCAGUGAUUCUUACAGUCUAAGGAGAUCAAUAGUUGAAGAAGAUUGGUAAUUCCUUCACAUUUUUCCUUACGGUCUAGAUUAGCUGUUAAUGCCUUGGUAUUGAAGAGGCAAUGGUGGUCUGAGGUUUUUGUGGUUUAGUUUUUGCUUUAGUCAAACAAAUGUUAUAUUUCAGUUUUAUUUUAGUCAAAUAUAGUGAUUUUUCAUGA